UUCCCCAAUUCAGACCUCCGUUCCCUUCUCUCCCCCCCGCGUUCUCCACGUCUCCACCCAACUCCAAUGCCCUCCAAACCCUAGCCCAUAACCCCUCCCGCCUUGCUGCCAUGCCAGAUCUGAGCACCGUCUGCCUCCCCCUCCCACCGGAACUCCCCCGCGACGCCGCCGGUGAGUCGGUUGGCGAUGGCCACCAGGCCGGAGGCGACGCCGCCGCCGUCGCCGCCGCAGCGGCGGUGUCGGCUACGGCGGAGGCGGAGGCGGGGGCGGAGGUGAAGGCGGAAUCCGCCUCCGGUGGAGGUGCUGGUGGAGGAGGAGGAGGUGGCGACGGCGCCCCUGUUCUCCCGGUGGAAUGCCGGUGGAGCGGCCGCGUGCGCAGCUUCACCACCGCGGGCGCGGACGCUGUCCCCGCCUGCCCCGCCCCGCGCCGCGGGGGCGGAAAAAAGCCGCCCUCCGCGCCGUCGCCUUCGUCCGCGGUGGCGCCCGCGCCUGCGCAGCCGUCAGGUCGGCCGCUCGAGGAGUACGUUAGGGAGUGGCAGGCGAAGAAGGCGGCGCUCGGCGUGCCGGCCCGCCGCUGCGAGCUGCCUUUUCUGACCGGCGCACCCAAGGCGGUUGAAUGCCGAUUAUGCUCUAAAAUUAUUUAUCCUGGAGAGGAAAUAAAAUGUUCAAUUAGCCGUUGCGAAGAAAUGUUCCAUCUAACUUGUGCAGCAGAAGAUACUGCAAACUUCAUUGCAGAAAGCUUCAAAUGCCCUCAGCACGGUUGUAUGGUAUGUAAGCAAAAGAUGUUUUUUUGGCGUUGUGGGCGAUGUACAGUUGCAGCACAUACAAAAUGUGCACCAUGGCCAUUAAUUCAUCUAAAAGAUGACCAAGGAAGUGCUAUCUGCUGGAGGCAUCCCUCUGACUGGCUCCUUCAAAAUGAGAAUGCUGACUUGACGAACAGCAUAGAGGAAGUAUUUUGCCGGCUACCUCUUCCAUAUGUUAGUGAAGACUUCAAGAUUGAUUCGACAAUCAGGGAUUUCACUGCAGCUGUCUGCAAACCACCACCCUUCACAUUUAUCAGGCGCAAUGUAUAUUUAAUCAAGAAAAAACGUCCUGGUUCUCGCGCGGAGGCUGGGUGCACAAACUGCAGUGCUGAUUCUACUUGCAAAGAUGACUGUGAAUGCAGGGGCCUUUACAUGAGUUGUUCCAAGAAUUGUCACUGCUCAGAGAUGUGUACGAAUAAACCAUUCCGCAAGGAUAAAAAAAUAAAAGCUGUUAAGACAAAACGAUGUGGAUGGGGUGCUAUUUCUUUGGAGCCAUUGGAAAAAGGUGAUUUUAUAAUUGAGUAUGUUGGCGAAGUCAUCAAUGAUGCGACAUGUGAACAAAGACUUUGGGACAUGAAACGGCGUGGCGAUAAAAACUUUUACAUGUGUGAAAUCAGCAAAGAUUUCACAAUAGAUGCAACAUUUAAAGGAAACACGUCACGUUUUCUAAAUCACAGUUGUGAUCCCAACUGUAAACUAGAAAAAUGGCAAGUUGAUGGUGAGACAAGAGUCGGUGUUUUUGCCUCGCGUUCCAUCAAAGUUGGGGAACACUUAACUUAUGACUACAGGUUCGUGCAUUUCGGGGAGAAGGUUAAGUGCUAUUGUGGGGCACACAAUUGUCAAGGCUACCUGGGCAGCCAAAUUAAGAAUCCUACGCAGAAUGCUCUUGCAAUUGCAGCGUUGGAUGACCAGUUGCUUGGGUCUCUGCCAACACAACAGGACACCGCUGCCUCAAGACACAAACCGAUGACACAUUUGUUACCCUGGACCAACUGUAUAGAGGUACCAUUUAACUUGAGAAGCAAACGGAAAAUAAACCGGAUAUGCUGGGGAUGCAAAAGGAAAAGAUCUGCCAUUGCAGUUACAUCUCCUACAAACAUACCAAUGCCAGUUACUGAAGCUACUGUACCCUUGCCAUAGAGCUUUGGCCUGAAUUGGCGAUAGCUGAAGUCGCUUCUCAUUUGUAUAAUAUAGGGUAACACACAUGACAUUGAUUUUUGAACGAUUCUUUCGCAUUGCUCAUCUAUUCACCCAUCCCUCCAAAAAUGUUGUUGUAAUUUGUUACAACAUUCAUUUGAUUAAAUAGUCAGUUUGUUUAAUUUACAGUUCGCUGAGAAUGCACGACUAUCUUGUGCUCCAGAUAUCCUAAAGAGUU